AUGUCAUCCUUCUUUCGCACCGUGGGAUCGGACUCCGAAUCGGACUCAUCUAGUGAUGAGGAGCUGCUUUCGGAUGCCUCAGGUUCCGAGACGGUCCAGGCUGAUGGCCUCAAGAAAACCGCGGCACCACUGAAGAAUCGGUUCUUGAAAGGUGGUUCGGACUCCGACGACUCUGAUUCUGAUGACGAUUCGGAUGACAUGGACGCCUCAGACUCCGAUGACGACCUCAAGAAAACAACCACCACCGGCGCAAUCAAGGCAAACAAGUUCUUGGUCGGUGCCGAUAGCGAUACCGACAGCGACUCGGAAGACGAGAGUCGAAGGGUCGUCAAAAGUGCUAAAAGCAAACGUCAGGAUGAGAUCGAUGCGAGCGUUAAAAUUAUGGAGAAUGGGGCCAAAAUUAAUGACUGGGUUGUCAUCAGUGCUGAAUUCGACAAGCUCGUCCGAUUAAUCACCCGUCAAGCUAAUGCGGCCGACCCCCUUCCAGCCUCUUUCAUCAAAGUAGUCCUCAGCUUGGAAGAGAGCCAAAUUGCUGUCAACGAAAAUGCAACAGUUAAGAAAAAAAUGAAUGCCACCAACGCAAAGGCUUUGAACACGAUGAAGCAAAAACUGAAGAAAACUAUCCGUGAAAAUGAAGCAAUCAUUGAAAAAUACAAAGCCGACCCAGAAGCUUUCGAACAGGAAGCAGCUGCGAUAGAUGCCCCAGCGCCUGCCGCCAAGAAGAGUAAAAAGAGCAAGGCUCGUGAUUCUGAGGGAGAGCCCGAUGACGACGACGACGAUUUCACUAUGGUCGGUAAGGGUGGAAAAUCUUUCUCAUUCUCGCCCGAUUCAAUCUUCAAAACUCUUCAGUCGGUCCUCGAGGCGCGCGGAAAGAAAAAUACUGAUCGACAAGAGCAACUUAUGAUUCUUGACAAGCUGCUCAGUAUCUCUACAACCACUUACCAAAGAAUUCGGAUCUUGUUGGCUUUGAUCUCAAGUCAAUUUGACUACAACCCAGCAGUGACCACCCAUCUGCCCACUGAGGCCUGGAAAUCGGCUCGAGUGCGCCUCGACGAGUUACUCAACUUGCUUUCAACUGAGACUCAAUUCGUCGUCCAAGAAGAAACUGUCGAUUACGAUGACCAAGAAGAACGUGCCCCAGACUCCGAAUCUACCAACAAGCUUCAAGUCAGAGGUAGCAUUAGCAGCUUACUAGACCGGCUAGAUGACGAAUUCACCAAAAGCUUGCAAAAUAUCGACCCUCAUACGAGUGAAUACAUUGAGCGCUUGAAGGAUGAGAAGGAGCUCUAUUGCACAAUUGUUCGAGCCCAGAGUUAUUUCGAAAGAGUUGAACUCACUUCGGCUGUUGCAAAGGCCGUUACCAGGAGACUGGAGCAUGUGUAUUGCAAGCCUGAUGCCGUGAUCCAACCUCUUGAAGCUGCCGUACCCGAAUUGCCUUCAAAGAUAUUCACCCCUACGUCGAGUCCUGUGGAGUCAUCAUCAUAUUCAUCUUCAGAACUGAUCCAUGCGCUCUGCGCUUACCUUUAUAAAACCGACAACUCUCUGCUUCAAACUCGAGCAGCUCUUUGUCAAAUUUUCAAUUACGGGUUGCAUGAUGAAUUUUACCGAGCUCGUGACCUGCUCCUCAUGUUACAUCUUCAAGAAACUGUACACGGAGCAGAUGUUGGGACGCAAAUCAUGUACAACCGCACGGUUGUCCAACUUGGUCUGUCCGCUUUCCGGCUGGGUUUGAUCAAGGAGAGUCAAUCGAUCUUGCAGGAUAUCUUCGCUUCUCAGCGAGUCAAGGAACUCCUCGCUCAAGGUGUUCAAGCUCAACGAUAUUCCCAGCUAACGCCCGAGCAAGAUAAGAUUGAACGUCAACGACAACUUCCCUACCACAUGCACAUUAACCUGGAAUUACUGGAAUGCGCCUACCUGGUCUCAUCGAUGUUACUUGAGAUCCCUAAUCUCGCUCAAGCCGGAAAUGAUGUCGAAUUGAAAAAACGUCAGAUUUCAAGAACGUUCAGACGUAUGUUUGACUAUGCCGAACGUCAAGUCUUCACCGGUCCACCUGAAAAUAAACGUGACCACAUUAUGCAAGCGUCAAAAGCUUUGCAGACCGGCGACUGGCAAAAAUGUAUCGAACUAAUCAAUGGGAUCAAGAUCUGGGCUCUUAUGCCACGCCAAGAUGCCCUCAAAGAGAUGUUGACUAGAAAAAUUCAAGAAGAAGCUUUGCGGACAUACCUGUUUACAUACUCAUCAUACUAUUCAACGGUUUCGAUCGAGUACCUGGCUACGAGUUUUCAAUUGAGUGAGCCGGAUGUGACAUCGAUAGUAUCCAGGAUGAUAUGGAACGAAGAGUUAGGAGGAGCGUCUCUCGACCAAAUCGACAAGGUCGUUGUAUUAUCGAAACAGGAGCUCACCAAACUGCAACAGCUGACGAUCGGCCUGGUCGAUAAAGUGAGCGGGAUGGCGGAAACUAAUGAGAGGUACUUGGAGUCCAAGAUUGGCGCCGGAGCCGAUCGAGAUGGCGCCAAUCGAGCCGGAACUGGUGGGACUGAGCGGAAAGAGGGAGAGCCUCAAAGAGGACCACGUCGGGGCGGAGGUGCCAAAAAUUAUCGUGGUGGUAGAGGCAGAGGAACGUUCUCGGGCCCGAUCGGUGGCAGGACUGUUGCAGCUGGCGGGGAUCGCAGACGGGGAUAA